UCGGGCCUGCGGCGGGAGGCGGCGCGCGGCGGCGGCGGGGCGGCGGGGCCGGCGGGCGCGGGGAUGUCGAGGAGCUCCAAGGUGGUGCUGGGCCUGUCGGUGCUGCUGACCACGGCCACGGUGGCCGGCGUGCAUCUGAAGCAGCGGCUGGACCAGCAGAGACUUCAUUACGGCGUGAUCAGGGACAUUGAGAGACAGAAUCGGAAAAAAGAAAACAUUCGUCUUUUGAGAGAACAGAUUACUUUAACUGAGCAACUUGAAGCAGAAAGAGAGAAGAUGUCAUUGACAAAGGGAUCACAAAAAACAUGA